GGCAAGGAGGCUAGGGCCGCGCGGAGGAGCUGAGGUCGCGGCUGCACCGCUGCCCUGUGUUUGGUCCGUCUGGUCUGCUCGUCGUCGGUCUGUCCCGCCAUGGGUGCGCCGGUGUCCUCUCCGUGGACCCUGUUGCUGCUGCUGUUGUUGCUGCCGCCGCCUCCCGGUGCCCACGGUGAGAUAUGUAGGUCUUUUGAUGAAGACAGCCUGAUCCCGGGGUCCUGUCCUGAUUUCUGCUGCGGUUCCUGUUCCAACCAAUAUUGCUGCUCCGAUGUGCUGAACAGAGUCCAGUGGAACGGGGAGCUGUGUACAGAGGCGGAGCCCAGAUUUCCCACCUACCCAGAGUUUCUGGAGCCGCAGGCGUUUCGAUCCAGUUUUGACAGUGACCCCAUGCCAGGGUUUGGAGCAACUGUCGCAAUUGGCCUGACCAUCUUCGUGGUGUUCAUUGCCACCAUCAUCAUAUGUUUUACCUGCUCCUGCUGCUGUCUGUAUAAGAUGUGCCGUCGCCCACGACCUGUCGUGACCAACACCACAACUACUACCGUGGUUCACACCCCUUACCCUCAGCCUCCAAGUGUGGCCCCCAGCUAUCCUGGACCAACGUACCAGGGCUACCACCCCAUGCCCCCCCAGCCAGGAAUGCCAGCAGCACCCUACCCGACACAGUACCCACCUCCCUACCUGGCCCAGCCCACGGGACCUCCAGCCUAUCACGAGACUUUGGCUGGAGGCUCAGCCGCACCCUACUCUGCAAGCCAGCCUCCAUACAACCCGGCCUACAUGGAUCCCCCAAAGGCAGUUCCCUGAGCCUGCCCCAGCCUCUUUGGCUGUCAUUUGAUUAUGUCAUGUGUGAGUGAGUGGUAUGCAGAGUUCUCCUACUGCUGUCUGUGGUGUGUGUGCGCCUUGUCUAGACAUGUGGCUUCCUCUGCUGCUGACCAGGUAGGCACAAAUCCUUACCAGUGUGGGUCUGAACCAACCUAUUCUCUUUCUCACUUGAAAUUAUACUUUAUGAAAUCUCAAGUAAAUUAAAAACAGUGGGGUAGAUGUUUCCCAGUUCACCCCACGGUGACCAGCCAUGGCCUGUCACCUUUAGGAGAGCAAGCUUUUUGUGGCCACAUGUCCUGCUCUAGGAAGGAAGCAGCUAGCUGCUGCUCAGGGCCAUUUCUUGUUCCCAGGCUUGGCUACAUUUUGCAGGGGUGGGGGGGGGCAGAUAGGUGGGCAGAACACAAGGGGCCUGGCCGAAGCGCAGUGCUGAGGGCAGAUUUCCUGUGCUCAGUGGCAGCGGGUCAGCUUCUGAUGGCAGAGCCCCAUCCAUUCACCAUCAGGUGUCUGUCUUGAAUGCCCUAUUAUCUUUCCUGGGACUGUGGAGAAGCCACAUGCAUUCGCUAUUCAGGCUCCAGUGGGGAAGCUUUCCCAUCUUUGCUUGCCUGGCUCCUGCUACUAGGCCAGGGGCCUCUGUCCUCCACAUACUCCGGUUUCUCCCUGCAGUGUCUUCUUUUACUUUUAGCCAAACAUUUUGCCUGUUUUCUCUCUUGAUGUGUGAUAGUUGGUGUGAGGUUGAAAUUCCUGGUUCCUGGAGGACAACCUGCUUGUGAUAGUCAGUCUCCCUUGGCACCAGCUUCACAGAACAUGCGACUCCUGUACCACAGUCCAGUCUGUCUUAGAAGCAGGGACACCAGGGACAAGGAGCUAUAUGGACCAAAAGUGGGGGUAGAGGGCCCGGAUUAGGUAGCUCUGGCCCAGACAUGAAUACCUCGGUGUUCCCUGUUGGUUGCUGUUGUACCAGCUGUCUUAGCUUUGUGUGUAUUGAUUUGUUUCUGAGCAUCCAGGCUCUGCACCCUCGUUUAUAAUAAAUGGGAAAAUUUGGA